UCACUGCAGCAGGGCAUGUGCCUCCCACAGAUGUUGUCACUCCCAGUCCUCCGCGCAGGCUUCCUGACCAGGAGAGGCGUCCUGGGCCUUGCCACCGUCCGAGCAGCGCACAGCCAUGGCGGGCACGUUGCCAUCCAAGACGACAUGUCAGUGCCCCACUACCAUGAUAAGCGCAACUACCCGCUGCCUGACAUCCCAUACCGCAGGGACCUGGGUGCGGACGAGAAGGCGCUGAUGGAGAAGCAGAAGGGCUCCUGGAAGGAGCUGAGCAAUGAGGAGAAAGUGGCCCUCUAUCGCAUCAAGUUCUGCCAGACCUAUGCUGAGAUGAACCGCCCGUCCAACGAGUGGAAGACCGUCCUCGGAUUCACCUUCAUGUUCCUCGGCUUCACGGGGCUCAUCGUGGCAUGGCAACGGUACUAUGUGAUGCCCGAUAAGCCGCACACACUGUCAGACGAGUGGAAAGCCAAGCAGCUCCAGAGGAUGCUGGACAUGCACGUGAACCCCGUGGAGGGCCUCUCCUCCAAGUGGGACUACGACAAGAAUGAGUGGAAAAAGUAGGGGGGCCCUUCUCUGCCAUGCCAGCUGCCCCUGCAGGAAGUGCCCUGCUGCUGCCCUGCCUGAGAAGGAUGUGCCCGCCAGAGGCCAGUGCCAGCCCCUGCCCUACUAAACCGUCUCUCUUGUGCCUUCAUCCACGUGCCUUGUACUGCAUGGGGUGGGAGCUGGCCCAGGUGCUGGCCUGCCCCACGGGGGCUGUCCUGGGCCCUUCCCUUCUCUGGUUCCUGAUUAGCACCAGUUUCAAGCACACACCAGGCAGCUGGCACCCGAUUGUGCAGAAUAAAUCACUACAGUUGA